UACUCGACGUUCGGCGAGCAUACCCGUCAUUGAGGAUCCGUGAUGACCUCAGUUGGUACCAGUGCUUGAAGUAUAAGGGCCGUUGUUAUAGGCUUGUCCGUUUAGGGUUCGGAGCGUCUUGUGCUCCGCGAUUACUGAAAAAUGUAUUAGAUUUUAUUCUCCAAAACUACCCUUCUACUCUCCGAUACUUCGAUGAUAUUUUGGUGACUCGCUUAAAUACUCAGUCG